AUGAAAAUUCACUCAGAGAUGCCAUAUUGCUCCUUUGAUUGUGGCAAACAGUUUUCACAGGGAUGCUAUCUUAAAAGCCACCAAAGAAUUCAUACAUGUGAGAAGCCGUAUUGCUGUAUUGAAUGUGGCAAAACGUUUUCAUUGAAAAGCUAUCUUAAGAGCCACCAAAGAAUUCACAUAAGAGAGAAGCUGUAUUGCUGUUCUGAAUGUGGAAAACAAUUCUCUUGCCAUCGUUAUCUAAAGAGACAUAUUACAACUCACACAGGAAAGAAGUCGUAUUGUUGUUCUGAUUGUGGCAAAAAGUUUUCACAGAGAAGCCAUCUUCAGAGUCACCAAAAAUUGCACGCAGCGUAG